GCCGAGUUGGGUGAACGACCGGCCGUAACUCUUCCUGUCUGGUGCCCCGUCAGGUGAUCCAACUGGAAUCCAUCCUUAUGUCCCGUCGCCAGCUGUGGACCACCUACCGAGACUCGUUCAAGGAGGUGAACGGGAACGUUGUGAGGGCUCGAUACACCCUGGAGCACUGCUCUCCACUCUCCUCCUCCCUGGAGACAUCCCGGCUUCUGGUGGACAAGCUGCAGGCUCUGCAGGACACCAUGGAGUGCGGCGAGGAGAGCUGGAGGAGGUUCCUGGAAGCUUCGCGACGCCUGCAGGAGGAAUGCUGCCCUCCGCUGAAGGGGCAGCUGGAGGAGGAGAGCCGGCACACCGAGAGAAGGUGGACCGGCGUUAACCAGGACGUCUUGGAGCGGCUGUGCUCGGCGGGUGAGGAGCGGCUGCUCUGGCAGCAGUUCUGUGCGGUGUACAGCUCCUGUCGGGUGGAGGUGCGGGAUGCGGAGGACGGGUGUAGGCAGGUGCUGACAGAGACCUCGGCCAAGGACGGCACCCGGGACCAGCUCCAGGUCCGGCUCAGGAUCACCCAGGACUUGGCCAACAACGUGAAGAUGCUGCAGGAGGGACUUCAGCCCGUCUGCGAAGCGGCAGAUAAAUUGGCCAGACGUCUAGACCCCUCGUCGUCUGCAGCUGUUCAGUCAGACGUUCAGCAUUUGUCUGGACGAAUGUCCUUUCUGGUGGAGUUACUGUCACUGAAGGCACAAGAGAUUCAGGGUUUACUGGAGCAACACCAGGACUUCCAGAGGCACACAGAGAGCCUGGAGAUGGUGCUGAGUAGAUCGGAAGAGGCUCUGAGAUCAGCUGUGCCGGGGCCAGAGGCAGUGGAACAGGCCCGUACGGAGAUGGUCCAGACGGUGAAGCGCCUCAGCGCAGGCCUGGCGCUGAGCGAGACGGAGCACUGCCGGGUGCAGGAGCUGGAACUGCGGUGGGAACGGACGCGGGACACGGCCUGGGCACGCUGCAGGUACUCCGGGGUGACAGACUCUGGGGGGGCCGGGGUAGGGCAAGACCGCAGUACCGAGGUCCGUCCACCACCAGUGGUGGCACAGAGUGGAGGGGCCGAGCGGCUGACCACUGCUCCCACGUCUGAAGUCACGGCCUCCUGCUGUGCAGAGUCCCCAGAAGCUGGGUUGAAUGGCCUCACUGUGUAA